UGCAUUUCUCCACCGGACUGGUUCCGCCGCCAUUGUAGCUUUCUAGAGUUCCUCGCAGCGGCGGUUGACAUUCUGGAGUUGAAGCGCCUCAUUUACAUUCAGCGGGCGGCUAGAGUAAGCUAACAUUCCCGGUUCAUCUGCCCCCCUCCCCCCCAGAAAAACACAAGACCACCUCCAUUCAUUCCCGGCUCUGGAGUAGUUUAGGUUGGGCAGAAAUAAUAGCAGGAUUUAGAGAGCAAAGCGAAGAGGAACCACCGUCGUCAUGGCUCAAAUCCUGCCCAUCAGAUUCCAGGAGCACCUGCAGCUCCAAAAUUUGGGGAUCAACCCAUCCAACAUCGGGUUCAGCACCCUAACAAUGGAGUCUGAUAAGUUCAUCUGUAUCCGGGAGAAGGUUGGAGAACAGGCACAGGUGGUGAUCAUCGACAUGGCAGACCCAAACACUCCCAUCCGCAGGCCCAUCUCUGCAGAUAGUGCCAUCAUGAACCCUGCGAGCAAAGUCAUCGCACUUAAAGACGCUGCCAAAACCCUUCAGAUCUUUAACAUCGAGAUGAAGAGUAAGGUGAAAGCCCACACCAUGACUGAUGACGUCACUUUCUGGAAGUGGAUCUCUCUUAACAGUCUUGCCCUGGUGACCGAUAAUGCAGUCUAUCAUUGGAGCAUGGAGGGAGACUCUCAGCCGGUCAAAGUGUUUGACAGACAUUCCAGCCUGGCCGGGUGUCAAAUCAUCAACUACCGCACCGAUGCCAAGCAGAAGUGGCUGCUGCUCAUUGGCAUUUCUGCUCAGCAAAACAGAGUUGUUGGUGCCAUGCAGCUAUACUCCGUUGACAGGAAGGUGUCUCAGCCUAUCGAGGGUCACGCUGCUGCCUUUGGCCAGUUCAAAAUGGAGGGAAAUGCAGAAGAAUCCACACUCUUCUGUUUUGCUGUGCGAGGUCAAGCAGGAGGAAAGCUUCACAUUAUUGAAGUGGGAACACCACCGACCGGCAACCAGCCAUUCACCAAGAAAGCUGUGGAUGUGUUCUUCCCUCCAGAAGCACAGAAUGACUUCCCCGUUGCCAUGCAGAUCAGCUCCAAACAGGACGUUGUAUUUCUCAUCACUAAAUACGGUUACAUUCAUCUGUAUGACCUGGAGACGGGCACCUGCAUCUACAUGAACCGAAUCAGCGGAGAGACCAUUUUUGUGACUGCACCCCACGAAGCCACAUCUGGAAUCAUCGGCGUGAACAGGAAAGGACAGGUGUUGUCAGUGUGUGUUGAGGAGGAGAACAUCAUCCAGUACAUCACCAAUGUGCUGCAGAAUCCAGACCUGGCUUUACGGAUGGCAGUCCGAAAUAAUCUGGCAGGAGCCGAGGAGCUGUUUGCCCGCAAGUUUAACAACCUCUUUGCCGCAGGAAACUACUCCGAGGCAGCUAAAGUUGCCGCUAAUGCUCCAAAGGGUAUCCUGCGCACUCCUGACACCAUCCGCCGGUUCCAGGGCGUCCCGGCCCAGCCCGGCCAGACAUCCCCACUGCUGCAGUAUUUCGGGAUCCUGCUGGACCAAGGCCAGCUCAACAAGUUUGAGUCUCUGGAGCUGUGCAGACCCGUCCUUCAGCAGGGCCGCAAACAACUUCUGGAGAAAUGGCUGAAGGAGGACAAGCUUGAAUGCUCCGAGGAGUUGGGCGACUUGGUGAAGGCUGUGGACCCCACUCUUGCUCUUAGUGUCUACCUGAGGGCCAACGUACCCAACAAAGUCAUUCAGUGUUUCGCAGAAACCGGCCAGUUCCCCAAGAUUGUCCUCUAUGCCAAGAAGGUGGGCUACACUCCAGACUGGAUCUUCCUGCUGAGGAACGUGAUGCGGAUCAGUCCGGAUCAGGGUCUGCAGUUUGCUCAGAUGCUCGUUCAGGAUGAGGAACCGCUGGCUGACAUCACACAGAUCGUUGAUGUGUUUAUGGAGUAUAACCUGGUCCAGCAGUGCACAUCCUUCCUUUUGGAUGCGCUGAAAAACAAUCGCCCAUCAGAAGGUCCACUCCAGACCCGUCUGCUGGAGAUGAACCUGAUGCAUGCACCACAGGUUGCCGAUGCCAUUCUAGGAAAUCAGAUGUUCACUAACUACGAUCGUGCCCACAUUGCCCAGCUGUGUGAGAAGGCAGGGCUUCUGCAGAGAGCUUUAGAGCACUAUACCGACCUGUACGACAUCAAACGAGCUGUCGUACACACACACCUGCUCAAUCCAGAGUGGCUGGUGAACUACUUCGGCUCUCUGUCAGUGGAGGACUCUCUGGAGUGUCUGAGAGCCAUGCUGUCUGCUAACAUCAGGCAGAACCUUCAGAUCUGUGUCCAGGUGGCCUCCAAGUAUCACGAGCAGCUGUCUACCCAGUCCCUCACUGAGCUUUUCGAGUCUUUCAAGAGUUUUGAGGGUCUGUUCUACUUUCUUGGUUCGAUUGUGAACUUCAGCCAGGACACAGAGGUGCAUUUCAAAUACAUCCAGGCCGCAUGCAAGACGGGCCAAAUCAAAGAAGUGGAGCGGAUCUGUCGAGAGAGCAACUGCUAUGACCCUGAACGUGUCAAGAACUUUCUCAAGGAAGCUAAACUCACCGAUCAGCUGCCUCUCAUUAUUGUGUGCGAUCGCUUCGACUUCGUCCAUGAUCUCGUACUCUACCUGUACCGAAACAACCUGCAGAAGUACAUUGAAAUCUACGUGCAGAAGGUGAACCCAAGCCGUCUGCCUGUGGUAAUUGGAGGGCUCCUGGAUGUUGACUGCUCCGAGGACGUCAUCAAAAACCUGAUCCUGGUUGUGCGGGGCCAGUUUUCCACCGAUGAGCUGGUGGCAGAAGUGGAGAAGAGAAACAGACUGAAGCUGUUGUUGCCAUGGCUGGAGUCUCGUAUCCAUGAAGGCUGUGAGGAGCCAGCUACCCACAAUGCAUUGGCCAAGAUCUACAUCGACAGCAACAACCACCCUGAACGCUUCCUGCGGGAAAACCCAUACUACGACAGCCGUGUCGUGGGGAAAUACUGCGAGAAAAGAGACCCUCACCUGGCCUGUGUUGCCUAUGAGAGAGGACAGUGUGACCAGGAGCUCAUCAACGUAUGCAAUGAGAACUCGCUGUUCAAGAGUUUGUCCCGUUACCUGGUGCGUCGCAGAGACGCUGAGCUCUGGGCCAGUGUGCUUUUGGAGACCAACCCUUACCGAAGGCCCCUUAUUGACCAGGUGGUGCAGACUGCCCUGUCAGAGACUCAGGACCCAGAGGAGGUGUCAGUCACAGUGAAAGCCUUCAUGACUGCUGACCUGCCCAAUGAACUCAUUGAGCUCCUGGAAAAGAUCGUCCUGGACAACUCAGUGUUUAGUGAACACAGAAACCUGCAGAACUUGCUCAUCCUUACAGCCAUCAAAGCAGACCGCACCCGCGUCAUGGAAUACAUCAACCGCCUGGACAAUUACGAUGCCCCAGACAUCGCCAACAUCGCCAUCAGCAGCGAGCUGUUCGAGGAGGCCUUUGCUAUCUUCAGGAAGUUUGAUGUCAACACCUCUGCAGUGCAGGUUCUGAUUGAGCACAUCAGUAAUCUGGACCGGGCGUAUGAGUUUGCAGAGCGCUGUAAUGAACCUGCAGUGUGGAGUCAGCUGGCUAAGGCUCAGCUGCAAAAGGGUCUCGUCAAAGAGUCCAUUGAUUCCUACAUUAAAGCUGAUGACCCCUCGGCUUACAUGGAAGUGGUUCAGGUUUCUUCCCAGAGUGGUAACUGGGAGGACCUGGUGAAGUUUUUGCAGAUGGCCAGAAAGAAGGCCAGAGAGUCAUACGUGGAGACCGAGCUGAUCUUCGCACUGGCCAAAACCAAUCGUCUUGCUGAACUGGAGGAGUUUAUAAAUGGACCAAAUAAUGCACACAUCCAGCAGGUUGGAGAUCGCUGCUAUGAUGAGAAGAUGUACGAGGCGGCCAAACUUCUGUACAAUAAUGUCUCCAACUUCGGCCGCUUGGCUUCUACACUGGUCCACUUGGGCGAGUAUCAAGCUGCGGUCGAUGGUGCCCGCAAGGCUAACAGCACUCGCACUUGGAAGGAGGUGUGCUUUGCUUGUGUGGAUGGGAAGGAGUUCAGAUUGGCUCAGAUGUGUGGCCUUCACAUCGUAGUUCAUGCAGAUGAACUAGAAGAGCUCAUCAACUAUUACCAGGACCGUGGCUACUUUGAGGAGCUGAUCACCAUGCUGGAGGCAGCCUUGGGGCUGGAACGUGCUCACAUGGGCAUGUUCACAGAGCUGGCCAUCCUCUACUCUAAAUUUAAACCACAGAAGAUGAGGGAACACCUGGAACUCUUCUGGUCCAGAGUCAACAUCCCAAAGGUCCUGAGGGCCGCAGAGCAGGCUCACCUGUGGGGAGAGCUUGUUUUCCUCUACGACAAGUAUGAAGAAUUCGACAACGCCAUCAUCACCAUGAUGAGCCAUCCCACAGAUGCCUGGAAAGAGGGACAGUUCAAGGACAUCAUCACCAAGGUGGCUAACGUGGAACUGUACUACAAAGCAAUCCAGUUUUAUCUGGACUUCAAGCCCUUGUUACUGAAUGACCUGCUCAUAGUUCUUUCCCCAAGACUGGAUCACUCACGUGCGGUCAACUUCUUCAGCAAGGUUAAACAGCUUCAACUCAUCAAGCCUUACCUGCGGUCAGUACAAAACCAUAACAACAAGUCUGUCAAUGAAGCACUUAACAACCUCUUCAUCUCAGAGGAAGACUAUCAGGCACUCAGGACAUCUAUAGAUGCAUACGAUAACUUUGACAACAUCUCACUGGCCCAGCGUCUGGAGAAACACGAGCUGAUUGAGUUCAGGAGAAUUGCUGCUUACCUCUUCAAAGGCAACAACCGAUGGAAGCAGAGCGUGGAGCUGUGCAAGAAAGACAAACUUUACAAGGAUGCUAUGCUGUAUGCAUCAGAGUCGAAGGACACAGAGCUGGCCGAGGAGCUGCUGCAGUGGUUCCUUCGGGAAGAUAAAAAGGAGUGUUUUGCUGCCUGCCUCUUCAGCUGCUACGACCUGCUCCGGCCUGAUGUGGUGCUGGAGACGGCGUGGAGGCACAACAUUAUGGACUUUGCCAUGCCUUACUUCAUCCAGGUGAUGAGGGAGUACCUCAGCAAGGUGGACAAGCUAGAGACCUCAGAGUCCUUGAGGAAAGAGGAGGAGCAGGCGACAGAGACUCAACCCAUUGUUUAUGGCACGCCUCAGCUCAUGCUGACAGCAGGCCCCAGUGUGCCUGUCCCCCCGCAGCAGGCUUAUGGCUACGGUUACGCAGCAGCUCCUGGCUACCCCCAGGCUCCUCAGGCCCAACCUGGUUUUGGUUAUGGCAUGUAAUGACCUCCCGGUUUCCUGCUCACUCCUCUUCCUGCUGCCGCUUGGUUCAGUCCAGAAUCCCCAUAGAUCUCUCUCCCUCAAUCCUCCACCUGUCCGACUUUACCACUUUGUGCUCACAACGGGGGAUUUGAGCUAAAAAUAUUAUUUUACUGUACCUUUUUUUUUUUAAAUGAUUGCUUUUUGUUUAUUGUGUUUUCUUUAUACCAUCAUGAAGGACUUUAUUUCUAUAUUGUCAAAGAUUAUCAAAAAAAAAAUUCACAUUCCAAAUACUUACUAGAUUUUAUUUCCUGUCAAUAAAAGGGGAAUGGUGUCUGUAAUGAGGAGGCUUGUGGAAGAACCAAGUCAGCGUUAUGAAAAUUACAAAACAAAAUCAGAUUUGCACUCUGCAGUCAGAGAAAAACAACUAAUGUAUCAUUUUGAUGUGUGUGAACAGCUUGUCCAGUCUGUCAACAUUUAAUAUUGUAUAUUCCAGGAAAGAAAAGAAAAUCGAGAAAAAACAUACCACUACCGUCUCCACAAACAAACACUACUCAAUACCGGUAAUUCAAUGGGGGUGUGUAGCUCUCGAAAUAUAUAAAAAAAAGGUUAUUUUAAAUGCAUAAAGAUGUAUUAAUAUGUUAACUUCAAACCUUUUCCCUGACCUAUGCAGGUUUUCCAUGUUUUGUUUUCUUUAUGAAAAACAAACUUCUGUUGUGCAGUAACCUGUGCUCUUUGUGUGGGAUUAUCCAUUUGAGGAGGGAUACUGAUUAAAAUAUAUCCAAAUAUGUAUGCAGCUCUCCACACCUGUGUUUUACUAACCUUACCCUUCUGUGCUGCAGUGUGUAUGUUAGUUGUUGUGGUCAACCUACGGCACCGAAGUGAGACUAGAAAGCCAGUUUAUCCUGCCAGUUGUUCCUAUACCCAGUUUACCCUUUAUUUGUAAGAGAAAAAAAAUUACAAUACAAAAAAAAAAUCACAUAGUAAUUUGGAUUAAGAACGAUUAAACUCUGUGUGUCUUGUACUCAGUAUUAACUGAGUUGACAUAAAUCAUACAUAUAUUGUAGUGAUCUGAUGUGCACAAAGAGAAUGAGAUUUUUCCCCCAGAUUACAAUAUAAAUAAAGGUUUCUUGUUUGUCAAGACAAAUCUGGUUAAACA